AUGGCAUUGUCAACAGGGUCCUACCAACAGACAUUCUGGACCGGCCACCCUCUUUCUCAUUUGGCAAAACCAACUGUGCUCGAGUAUGCCGCUUACCAGAUUAGUAUGUACGGAGCACAACAGAAAACAGUUGGGGAACAAAAAGGAGCAGAGACAGUGAAAUCUGUGCAACGUCUCGGAGCGGACCACCCGGUGAUCCAAGUCCGAGAAAUCCUCACCGAUCGAGAGAGGGGUGGCAAGCUUUCAAACUUUGAACAAGCACUGGGGGCGGAGUGCUCAUGUCUCGGGUGUUAUGUACAAAAAAGCAACAAAAGGUCAACAGGAAGUCGAAACGGCAGCCCGCGGGAUGGUCUCUCCUACAUGACGAGGGUGGCACAGGAGGACUGUGAAAGGCGCAAUUUUAAAUGCAAAUAA